GAGCGAGCCCCAGGCUCCAGGCCUCCAGACCAGAGCUUCUCACUGUCAUGACAACCCUCUGCGAGCGUCUGCUGGAGGAGCUGGGGAGGCUGCUGGAGGAGGAGGCGGAGUUGAAAGAGCCCGUUAACCCUCAGCCAGACUCCGCCCAUCCAGCCUCAGAGGUUGGGGUCCAGCAGAAGCUGAGCAGCCAAUCAGAUGUUAUUACAAGUGACCGAUCAGAGCAGGCUCCAGGAGCAGGCAGUGGGCGGAGCUUCAGCUGCAAUGUCUGUAGCAGAGACUUCUCCAAACGCUCCAACCUGCGUGCUCACGUGCGCGUGCACAGUGGGGAGCGCCCAUUCAGCUGUUCCGUGUGCGGCCGCUGUUUCUCCGCCCACAGCAGCAAACGCAUCCACCAUCUCACUGUCCACGGGCACCAGCGCCCAUACGCCUGCAGUCACUGCGGGAAGGCUUUCGGCACGCGCGGCCACCUCAGGGUACACCAGGCGGCGGGGCGGUGGCCGCUCAUGUGCUCAGCCUGCAGAGAGAUGCUCGCGACGGUGUGCGGCCUGAAGAAGCACAGACUGACGUGUCAGAGCGCCGGCCAAACGUUCUCCAGACGCGCUGACCUGUCCGCUCACCGCCGCGUGCACCUGCAGCACAAACCCUUCACCUGUCCCACCUGCGGCAAAGGCUUCACAGCACCCCGCAGCGUGCGCGUGCACCUGCUCACUGUCCACGCUGGUCUGAAGCCAUUCAGCUGCAGAGUGUGCGGGAAGGCAUUCAGCCAGCAGAGCGGCCUAACGGCCCAGCAGCGGACACACAGCGGCGAGCGGCCUCACGUCUGUGAGUGGUGUGGCCGCCACUUCUCCAGCAGCAGCGGACUGUAGGUGCACCAUCGCGUGCACACCGGCGAGAAGGCCUUCACCUGCGACAUCUGCGGGAGGAGCUUCAGCGUGUCGGCCAACCUAC